GAGGAGAGGCGUGCGAGCGGGUUGGUCGGGAGGCCUGUCAAUCAGGCAGACAGCGUUCGUUCGGCCGCCGGUUGGUGUGUGGAGCGAGUUGAAGGCGCGGGAGUCCGCCAGCCAACGGUAAGAGGAGAAAGGGGAAAGAUGGCGAGCGGCCGGCGGCGUUGUUGUUGUUGUUGGUGGUGGUGGUUUGGCGGGACGGCCUGGGUCCAGUGCCUGGUCUGCCUCCGGGCUCUCACUUGGUUUUCCGCCGCCGUCCCGGGGGGCGGAGCGGCUCCGCUGGCCAUCGACACGUCCCGGUACUACGACUACGCGAACCUGACCGAGCUGCUGAGGGCUACGGCCGCCGCUCACCGCCCCCUGGCCCGGCUCUUCAGCGUCGGCCGGAGCGUCCAGAACCGCUCGCUCUGGGUCAUGGAGAUCUCGACGACGCCGCCGGGCCAGCCCAGCCCGGGCAAGCCCAAGUUCAAAUACGUGGGCAACAUGCACGGGGACGAGACGGUGUCCCGCCAGGUGCUGGUCUACCUGAUCCAGUACCUGCUGCAGAGCUACGGGCAGGACGAGCGGGUCGGCCGGCUGCUCGACGCCACCGACGUCUACGUCAUGCCCAGCAUGAACCCCGACGGCUUCGAGAGCUCGGUGGAAGGCGACUGCUCCGGCGAGCACGGCGGCAGGAACAACGCCAGAAACAAGGACCUCAACAGGAGUUUCUUGGAUCAGUUCGAGCUGGGGGAGGAGGAGGAGGAGGUGGAGGUGGUGGAGGAGGAGGAUGUGCCUGAAGUGGUUGCGAUGGAGAAGUGGAUUAAAGAAAACAAGUUUGUGGCUUCUGGGAAUCUCCACGGUGGGUCUGUUGUUGCCAGUUAUCCUUAUGAUGAUUCUGUAACUCACAAGCCAGUGGGAUACUACAGUAAGAGUCCUGAUGAUGAGGUGUUUAAAUACCUGGCAAAAAGCUAUGCUUCCAAGCACCCGGUGAUGAAAACUGGCAAGCCACAUUGCAGUAAUGACCCUUCCGAAGAAACCUUUACGGAUGGGAUCACAAAUGGAGCCAAGUGGUACGAUGUGAGGGGAGGGAUGCAAGAUUACAAUUACUUGCAGGGAGACUGUUUUGAAAUCACACUGGAACUCACCUGCUGCAAAUACCCGAUGGCCUCUGACCUUAGUAUGGAAUGGGAGAAGAAUCGUGAUUCCCUUCUAAGCCUAAUGGAGCAGGUCCAUAUUGGUAUUGCAGGAUUUGUCACAGAUGCUGUGUUUGGCUCGGGGAUUUCUAAUGCAGCUAUUGUAGUCGCUGGCAUUGAUCAUAAUAUUACAACAGGCAGUUUUGGCGAUUUCCACAGGUUGCUUGUACCAGGGACCUACAAUGUAACAGUUGUUGCACAAGGUUACAUGCCUGUCACUAUCUUCAAUGUUGAGGUGCUUGAGGGCCCAGCAACGCAACUUAAUUUCACGCUUCAACCUCAAGUAGCUGCAGAUAAUCAUACCUUUGAGACGACUACCUCCACUGAAUUCAGGACACAAAAUGUAUCAGAAAUGGAAGAUGAGCAUCAGUCUAGAGCCACCGAACCGGAGUCCGAAACCAAUGAACCUGCAAACUUCAGGCACCAUAAUUACGCAGACAUGGAGAUCCUGCUGAGGAAAUACGCCACAGACCACCCAGCAAUCACACGUCUAUAUACAGUUGGGAAAUCAGUGGAUCAAAGGAAUUUGUAUGUUAUGGAAAUAUCAGACCAUCCAGGCAUCCAUGAAAUGGGCGAGCCUGAAUUCAAAUACAUCGGAAACAUGCAUGGGAAUGAGGUGGUAGGCCGUGAGCUCCUCCUGAAUCUUAUUGAGUACCUCUGUAACAACUUUGGAACUGAUCCUGAAGUAACCAGUUUGGUGAAUAAAACAAGAAUCCAUAUCAUGCCUUCCAUGAAUCCUGAUGGAUAUGAGAUGUCAAUAGAAGGGGAUACAAGUGGUGUGGUUGGCAGAAACAAUAGCAACAACUUUGAUCUGAAUCGCAACUUCCCAGAUCAAUUCUUUCAAAUCCAUGAGCCACGACAACCAGAAACAUUAGCUAUGAUGGAAUGGCUGCAAAAGACUCCUUUUGUGUUAUCUGCUAAUUUACAUGGUGGUUCCCUGGUAGUGAACUACCCUUAUGAUGAUGAUGCAGAAGGCAUUAUUGUGUACAGUAAGUCACCGGAUGAUGCCAUCUUUAAGCAGUUGGCACUUUCUUUUGCAAAGGAAAACAGCCCAAUGUUUGAAGGUCAUCCUUGUAAAGAUAUGUACCCUGAAGAAUAUUUCCCUCGGGGAAUCACAAAUGGUGCACAUUGGUAUAAUGUACCAGGUGGUAUGCAAGACUGGAAUUACCUUCAUACAAACUGCUUUGAAGUUACUAUUGAAUUAGGCUGUGUUAAAUUCCCCCUUGCCAAGGAUCUACCAAAGUAUUGGAAGCAAAAUAAAAGGUCCCUCCUUCAGUUUAUAAAACAGGUCCACAAAGGUGUGAAAGGAUUUGUACUUGAUGCUACCAACAGAAAGGGGAUUUACAAUGCUACCAUUAUUGUCGCUGAAGUGAACCAUCCAGUGAGAUCUGCUAAAGAUGGAGAUUAUUGGCGUCUGCUUGUUCCUGGUGUCUAUAAGAUUACUGCUUCAGCCCUAGGGUAUAUCCCAAUGACAAGGAAUGUGACUGUAGUGGAAGAGGCUGUAGAAGUCAAUUUCACUCUUUCGCGUGUUACAGAUGACCAUGUCAGCAUUGGUGAUCAAGGCAUGACAAACUCUUCAGCAGAGCCUGGGGAGGAGUUUCAACAACUUGUAAGGAGUUUGUCUUCUGAAGAAGGAUUGAACCACCUGAUUUCAUCUGCACGUGUUGACCUCAGUCUCGACCGUUACCACGACUACAAAGACCUGUCUGAAGCUUUGUGUGGGUUACACAGUAACUACCCAACAAUUACUAAUUUGACCAGUUUGGGCCAGAGUGUGGAAGUUCGCCAUAUUUGGGCCCUGGAAAUAUCGAAUAAACCUGGAGCAAAAGAACUUAAGGAACCAAAGAUUAAAUUUGUUGCUGGAGUCCAUGGGAAUGCACCUGUUGGGACAGAGCUGCUUUUGGCAUUUGCAGAGUUUCUUUGUAUUCUUUAUGGGAAAAAUCAAGCCAUUACAAAGUUGAUUGAAGAAACGAAGAUUGUGAUUGUACCAUCAGUGAACCCAGAUGGCAGAGAAAUUGCCCAAGAGGGGCAGUGUAUGUCCAAAGUCGGGCUGACCAAUGUAAAUGGCAAAGAUCUGGACACUGAUUUCAUAGGAAACUCUUCCAAGCAAUUCUCAAAGAUGCAACCUGAGACUAGAGAGAUUGUUAAGAAUCUGAUCCUCAACCAAGGAUUUACACUGUCUGUUGUUUUGGACGGUGGCUCUCUCCUCACCACAUAUCCUUAUGAUAAGCCCGUACAAACAGUGGCGAAUGAGGAAACCCUGAAAUAUUUGGCAACUGUGUACUCUAACAAUCACCCCAAAAUGCACUUGGGUCAUCCAGGUUGUCCUAAUAACACUGAUGAAAGCAUCCCUGGUGGUGUUGUACGUGGUGCACAAUGGCAUGGUCACAUGCAUAGCAUGAAGGAUUUUAGCGUUACCUAUGGCCGCUGUCCUGAGAUCACAGUUUACACAGGCUGCUGUAACUUCCCACGUGCAAAAGAGCUUGCUACAAUUUGGCAGGAUAACAAGAAGUCUUUACUCAGUAUGCUUGUUGAAGUUCAUAAAGGCUUACGUGGACUGGUUACUGAUAAAGCUGGAAAUCCAAUUUCAAAAGCAGAUAUUAUUCUGAAUGAAGGCGUUAAAGUUCUGACUUCAGAGGCAGGCUAUUUCCAUGUUCUCCUAUCUCCAGGACCACAUCAUAUUGAUGCACUUGCAGCAGGAUACCAGCACCAGCGCAAACAGGUAUUCGUAUCUUCAUAUGAAGCUGCCACCUCUUUGGUAAUAGUUGUUGAGCUGGACAAUAAAUUGUUCGGCCUCCCCAGAGAACUGGUGGUGACAGCAGCAGGUGCAACCAUGUCAGCAAUAUUUGUGACAGCUUGCAUUGUUUGGUGUGUUUGCUCCAUCAAAUCCAAUCAUCAAAAGGACGGCUUUCAUCGUUUGAGACAACAUCGAGAUGAAUAUGAAGAUGAGAUCCGAAUGAUGUCGAUGGGCUCAAAGAAAUCUCUUCUCAGCAGUGAGUUUCAGGAUGAAACAGAGAGUGAUGAAGACACUUUGUAUGUUAAUAAACAUUAACAUACCAAGCCAGCCCUGCUGGACUGGCAGUAAUGUUCAUCCUUUUGCCAAGUAAAAUGAACAAAUAAGCAUUAAACCUAAUAGAGGAAUGCCUGAUCUACUGCACAUUGGUGGAAAUCUUGGAGUGAUUUCUGUGACAUUCUUAGUUGUCCUUUUGGAAAAAUAGAUGCUACAAGAAGGAAUAGCAACUUGCACCAUCAGUUGAGCAUUGCACGUAUCCUGAACUGACUGCUGAUCUUGUGCUGUGGUUAAAGGUCGACCACAUAAAGAAUGUUAUUGCACCGUAUCUACCAUCUGAGCCUCUGCCUGUCAUAAUACUGAGAAAUUAUGCCAACAUUGAAAGAUGCAGUAUACCUUUUACGUUUUUUUUAAAGAAGAGAAACGUGUAUGCUGAAUUCACCUUUCAAAUCAACAACCAUUCAUAUUUCCUUUUGGGAACGUUACUGUAUUUUGUACAAACAUAGUUUUGAGAAGAAAUGGGGUAAAGGGAAAUUGUGCAGUACUACUGCUGUGCCAUUUGUAUAGGUUGUACUUUUUACUUUUAAAGGGUGGACAAAUUUUAACCAAAGGUAUACUGCAGCUUUAUGUUGUUUAUGAAUUUUGCCAAUGCUGCAAUGGAGGCAAAGUGACUGCUGUAUGUGUUUGCCUACCCCACCCCUCUCCCAAAAAAAAGUAUGACUUUCAUUAAUUUAAAAUUUGGACUGUUCUUUUCCCCUUUGGCACCACUCAAUUGUAUUUCACUCCAUAAAAUAUAACUAGCAAAUAAAAUUAAAAAUAGGAACAGACUAAUUUGCUGAUAUUUACAUAAUUCAAAAGCUAAUGCAAGGAAAAAAAUUGUUUAAUGAAGUGCAUUUUUUUAACAUUGAAUGCAGUCUCAGCAAUUAUCCAUAGGCUGCAUACACUUGAAAGCCAGCCAAUUGUGGUAUUUGGAGGGGUGGGGGUGGGGAGCUGCAAAAUGGUGGGGGCUACAGAAGGAAGGAAAGAAAGCCAAAUGGACCAUUUUUGGAAAUGGUGUCUUCAAUUUUGUCAUGGGUGUCCUUUUUAUGUUUGAAUUUAUUCUUGAUGCACACUGGAUCAUUUUAUAGUUGGAGAAUUCUCAAUUACAAUUACAUAUGUUGGAGAACCGAACAUCUAAUUUUAAAGGUGCUCUUUUAUUGUAAAAAUUAUGAAGUAUUAUUAGUGAGGCAGUGAAGUUGCUUAAAUUGAAUCAUGAUGGUAGAGGUGGCUACUGAGAAUUUAUGGUCCUAUUGUAUGCUGUUUGAAGCAUAUUUUUUCAUAGUUUUUAUAAUCUGAAACUGGGUGUAAAUUUUUUUCAAUAUACUGUAGAGAUGCAUUGAAUUUGGGUGAAGGGUCAUAGAAUAACACACUCUGUACAGAUGAGUGUUUGUGUGUGUUCUCAGUGUGUGCCACUGAAUGUACACCUGAAUUGCCUAAAUACAGUAUAUGAUGAUCAUCAGAAAUACAGCAUUGCCAAAAACACCUGAUUCAUAUUGUUAGAUAUUAGACAAUUUAUUAAAAAUUAUUCACUGUACCUGAGUUUUUCCACUCCAUUGUGUUCGGAGAAUUACUUCAAAAUGUUAGUAUUGUCACUCAUUCAUUUGUACUUUUUUGCACAGGACUUUUUGUCAAUAUUGUGUAUUUGAUUAUAUACUGUGAUGCCUUAAAUUUUUCAUAUUGCUUUCAUUUUGUGGUGAUGUCACUGGAUUUCAGUGAAAGGAUUUGGCAUCUAAAAAUAAAUGCUUUAUCAAGCACAUUUAAGUUGUUUAUGGUGGUGUUUUCAGAGUUUAAACCAUGAUCACAUCUGAUUAAACCACUAGCUGUCCCCUUUGAAGAAAUUCCAGAUGGGAAAAGCAAAAGUAAAGCAACAAGCUUGGAUACAUUGUACAUGACUAUAUAUCAAGGGUGACUUAGAAUAGCUUUGAGUCAAAAUUGUGUUUCUUUUUUGUAUUAUUUAAUCACUAUUGCAGCGGUUGGAGGUGGGGUGGAAUCAGUUGGAAAAAAUAUCUCCAGUAAUGAAAUGCCAAAUAAAUAUAUUUUUUGUUUCAAAUGCUGCCUACUCCAACUGAUUCAGGUAACUUAUAAUCGGUGCUACUGUUUUACAAUGAAUUUUGAAUUAAAUUACAUUUUUCUUGCAA